AACUAGAUCAGUGUUACCUCCUCGGCGACCAGCCCCGUCGGUGGUGGUGGUGGUGGUGGUUAUGGUGCCGCACGGUUUCCUCCUGAUUCCUCCAUGCUUCCUUUUCCUGGUGCCUCUCGGUAUCUGGCUGUCUCUUGGCAGACUCUGCAACCGCUGGUUUGGAGGGCAGUUCAGUUGAUGGACCCAAAACAGGCCAAAUGGAAGGAGGGCCAUUUAGCCACCCGGAAGAAAGAAGGCUGAAGGAGGGCCACGUGUCCGGUUGGGCCAAUGGAGGGGUUGUGCCCAUGGAGGCCAGCACGUGGCCCGGCAGCCCACGCACCGAGCCGGAUCCCCGUUGGGAGAGGAUGGCUGAUGCCCCCAGCCAAGGAGGAUCCUCUGCCAACGCCAACCUGGAGGACGCUCAGAACCUGGUGGCUUUCUCGGCAGCGGCCGAGGCCGCCCUGUCCUCGCGCGGGCGGGGCCCUCUGGCCUCCCCUUCCUUGCUGAGCAUGCAGCUGUACGAACGGUUCAAUGCAGAGAUGAACCAGGGCGGGGCAGGCGAGGAAGCCUCCGGCUCUCCUCCCAGUAGCUGCCUCACCUUUGCCGACCUGAAAGCUCUGAAGGCCGCCCUGGCCUUGGCGAAGGACGGCCGGAAGCCCCCCAACUGCAACUGUGAUGGGCCCGAGUGCCCGGAUUACCUGGAAUGGCUGGAGAAGAAGAUCAGGUCGGUCACGGGUGGGGAGGGCCAGAGCGGCAGCCCGGGCCCCCGCCUCCAGGCCCCGCCAGCCCCCUCGGACAAUGGUGCUAAUCAUCAGCAGGUGCCUGCUGUGGACGAGAAGCCCCCGCCGUGCCCCUCGGAGGCCCUCCCCUUUUCCCAAAGUGCACUGAACAUUGCAAAGGAGAAGAACAUCAGCCUCCAGACGGCCAUCGCCAUUGAAGCCCUGACGCAGCUCUCCUCGGUGCUUCCCGAGCCAGCCCUGGAGGCGCCGCCCUCCCCUGUCCGCAGCCCCCUGCAAGCCAUGGCUUUUGCCUCCAAGGCCCAACUGGCCCAGCCUUCCCUCUUCCCGCCAGACAACCCCGCCAGUUCGGUGCUAGCCGUCUCGAGGGCUGAGCUCUACCAGGGCCAGGCCUCGAAAGAAGGGUACAUGGGCCACAAUCGCCACCUGGCCCCAGUUUCGUCAGCCCCCUCCUCCUGGCAGCAGGAAGGGCAACUUGCUCAGGAUCUGGCCUCCUCCUCCUCCUCCUCCUCCUCCUCCUGUUGCCUUGACCACCACGGCGGCUGCCUGGAGCCUUCGGCCCUCUUCCCCGGCGCCAGCUCCACCCCGCAAAAGGCUGGCUUCCCCGAGCAGUGGAGCGAAGAGGCUAGGUUGCAAAACAGCCCGUGGGGGCUGAGCGCCAGCACCCCACCAUCCUCGUUGGUCAGUGAUCCCAUGGCCGAGCUGGAGCAGCUGCUGGGCAGUGCCACGGAUUGCAUCAAGUCCGUGUUCAAGCGGCCGGAGGCAAUGCCGGGCAAAGCGAGGGUAGUCAAGCCGAAGCAGGAGCCGGCGGCCCAGAAGGAGGAGGCUCUGGGUCCUCGCAAAGCUGCCGCCUCCAGCCCCCAGUUGUCGCAGCUCUUGCAAGAGACCAGCGCCCACCAGAAGGCCCAAAGGGCUCUGCAGCAACACCUCCACCACAAGCGGAGCCUCUUCCUGGACCAGAACGUCCCUCGGGGGGGAGGAGGGGCCACUCCCGAGCCGCUGCCCAGCUGGUGGCCUCCCAGCGCGCCCGCCCAGCCGCCCCCCAAGCCGCCUGAGAAGCCCAUCAAGGAGAGGAGGAGGAAGGUCCAGUCAGAUAAGAACGGGGCCGUCAAGCCACUCCGGAAGCAAGCCCAGAUCAAGAAGCCGAAGCAGAAGGAUGCUCAGCCCCUCUUCCUGCCCGCGAGACAGAUCAGCUUGGAGGGCUUCCGCUCCGCCAUCACCCCGGAGCGCCCGAGCAGAGAGGUGCUCUCGGAGCAGCUCCUCGCCAGCAGCCCGGCCAAGCUCUGGCCUCUUCUUCUGCCGGCGCCCCGCCCUGCCGAGCCGUCUCCGUUGCAGAAGCUACUUGAAACCAGAAUCCUGGCCCCCAACACUCAGGAAACCUGCCAGCCCCGCCAGGAGGAAAGCCGUGGCUCCUACCCGGAGAAUUCUGUGUGCAAGCCUGCUUCUGAGCUGAGCCCCCCGGUGUCUACCUUUGCCCCCUCCUCCACCGCUGCUGCCGCCUGCAGCAGCCACGGGCACCAGGAAGCCUUCUGCAGGUUGACGGACUCGACGGACCAGCCUCUUGGUGCCCAGAAUCCCAUCCCGGUGGAUGACAAGCUGGAGGAACUGAUCAAGCAGUUCGAGGCGGAGUUUGGAGACCAUUUCAGCUUUCCGAAUUCUGAGCUUCCGGCUUCCCUGCUUCCCCCGGAGGGGGCCCUGCCUGCCCAGCCCUCCUCGCCUGCCCAGCCAGAGCUGUCUUCUCUGAGCCGCUCUCCUGAGCUGCCAGGGUGCUCGGAGGCAGCCGCCCAGCCGCCGGCCACCGGGGAUCUCACGCCUCCGGCGGGUGCGCCCAACCUGGGCCCUAAACCUUUCCCCCUCCAACCGGGGGCCAGCCAGCCUUUUGAAAACCCUUUUGCAGCUCGGUCCCCCAAGCAGAUAAAAAUCGAAUCUUCUGGUGCUAUCACGGUGGUUUCCACCACGUGCUUUUACUCUGAUGAAAACCAAAACACCGAUACGGCUUCCGCGGAAGGGACUCCAACCAAGGAUCAAGUGCCACUUACGCCUACUCUCAGUGGAUUUUUGGAAUCUCCCUUGAAAUACCUGGACACCCCCACCAAAAGCUUGCUGGACACCCCUGCCAAGCGGGCUCAGGCUGAGUUCCCGACUUGCGACUGUGUAGAACAAAUAGUCGAGAAGGAUGAAGGGCCAUAUUAUACCCACCUGGGCUCUGGACCCACUGUGGCAUCCAUCAGGGAACUCAUGGAAGAACGGUAUGGUGAGAAGGGGAAAGCCAUCCGGAUUGAGAAGGUCAUCUACACAGGAAAAGAGGGGAAAAGCUCUCGGGGCUGCCCCAUCGCCAAGUGGGUCAUCCGAAGGCAUAACGUGGAAGAGAAGCUCUUGUGUCUGGUGCGGCAUCGUGCGGGCCACCACUGCCAGAACGCGGUCAUCAUCAUCUUGAUCCUGGCCUGGGAGGGCAUCCCUCGGACCCUGGGGGACACCCUGUACCAGGAGCUCACCGACACCCUCACGAAAUUCGGAAACCCCACCACCCGGCGGUGCGGGCUGAACGACGACCGGACGUGUGCGUGUCAAGGGAAGGACCCGAACACCUGUGGGGCCUCUUUCUCCUUCGGCUGCUCCUGGAGCAUGUACUUCAACGGGUGCAAGUAUGCCCGCAGCAAAACGCCCCGGAAAUUCCGACUUCAGGGCGACAAUCCUGGGGAGGAAGAAGUUCUGAGGAGGAGUUUCCAGGACCUGGCUACAGAGGUGGCCCCACUUUACAGGAGGCUGGCACCCCAGGCCUACCAAAAUCAGGUUACCAACGAGGAUGUAGCAAUAGACUGCCGGCUCGGGCUGAAAGAAGGGAGGCCGUUCUCUGGGGUGACUGCCUGCAUGGACUUCUGUGCCCACGCCCACAAGGACCAACACAACCUUUACAACGGCUGCACGGUGGUGUGCACCUUGACGAAAGAAGACAAUCGUACCACUGGGCAGAUCCCUGAGGAUGAGCAGCUGCACGUCCUUCCCUUGUACAUCAUGUCCACCACAGAUGAGUUUGGCAGUGAAGAGAACCAGGCGGCCAAGAUGGGCAGCGGGGCGAUCCAGGUGCUGACCUCUUUUCCAAGGGAGGUGAGGAAGCUUCCCGAACCGGCCAAGUCCUGCAGGCAAAGGCAGCUGGAGGCCCGGAAGGCCGCUGCCGAGAAAAAGAAAAUGCAGAAGGAAAAGUUGAUCAGCCCCGAGAAGAUCAAGCAGGAAGUCCUUGACAUCCCGUCUCUCCAGCAGAACACAGAUCCAGCCUUGAAGAACGGGCUCUCUCAGCCUCCCCUCAAAGUGGAGCCUCAGAACCCUUACAACGGGUUCAAGUACAGCGGGAAUGCCGUCGUGGAGAGCUACUCGGUCCUUGGCAACUGCAGGCCCUCGGACCCCUACAGCAUGAACAGCGUUUACUCCUACCAUUCCUACUAUGCACAGCCUAAUCUGCCUUCCGUGAAUGGGUUGCAUUCCAAGUUCUCGCUUCCAUCUUUUGGGUACUACGGAUUUUCCAGCAAUCACAUGUUCCACUCCCAGUUCCUGAACUACGACGACGGAAGGAGCGCGCCCUGGGUGAGCGGCGGCGACUACGAGAAGAAGCCCAGCGUCCAGCUGCUGCAGGAGAGUUUGAGCCACACGUACAAGAGCCCCGAGCAAUUGGACAAAAGCCCCUCCGCGGUGAAGAGCAAGAACCACCACCAGCGCACCUACGAGAGGGCCAACAGGCACCCGGGGAAGGGCCCGGCCCUGCUCCAGAGGUGCCCCUCCGCCCCCUCGGAGGCCCCGCCCUUUGCACAAAACACAAACUGUCUCCACAGCCGAACAAUCAAAGAAGAGCCCGUGGACUCCCUGCCCCACCUGGAGGCGAUGCAGAGGGCAGCGGCCGUCAACGGGGCUGAGAUCCCUCCCCUGAACCCAGCGGAGUUGCCCUGGCCCUCUCAGAACGGAGGCCCGGGCCCCCAGUGGAGCCCUUACAAAGUCCACAGGAACGAGCCCCCUUCCAACAGGACUAGUAGCGCCGAAGCCUCUUGGAACGGGUUUGCGCCCAGUGACGGUGUCGGCUCGCUCAGUGCAAACCGACAGAAUAAAUCCAGCCUGUUGGGUUCCCAUUCAACCACAACCCGGUUGCCGCCGUCGCACCUGAUGGAGAAACAGUGGGGCCUCUUUCCUGGCGAAGGGCAGCCCCUGGCACCCAGCCCCGAUGCGCUGGGGAAGUCCUGGAGCCCUUGCAAAAGGAACGAAAGCUCCCUGGUCUUCUCGGCCAGUCCAGACCUUCAGGAGAAACCCUGGAGUUUUGGGCAGCUGAGCUUCGGCUCCCCGCAAGGAAGUUCCUUGAGGCUUCCCGAUGAGCUUUGGGGUCCCCCCGUCAAAGCGGAGGAGAGGAGGACCCCGACGCCGGGCACGGGAUUACACAGCAGGCCGUGGGCCUCCUACGGGUCGCUGCCGGCGGUGGCCUCGGGGUUGUGUGGGGAGAAGCCGUUCCCUCCCUUGAAAGCAGAGGGGAACGCAGUGGGGCUGGGAGGAGCCCGUCCGGAGAGGCCGUGGGACGCCUUCAGUUUGGACGACAGCAUGGAGGAGAUCCCGGAGAAGAGCGUCAAGGAGGAGGAGGAGGUGGGGGAGGAAGACCAGCAGCAGCAGGAGGACGAGGAGGAGGAUGAGGAGGAGGAGGAAGAGUGGUCGGACAGCGAGCACAACUUCCUGGACAAAACCAUCGGCGGGGUGGCCGUGGCGCCGGCCCACGGCUCCAUCCUUAUCGAGUGCGCCCGGCGGGAGCUGCACGCCACCACCCCGCUGAAGAAGCCCAACCGGUGCCACCCCACGCGCAUCUCCCUGGUCUUCUACCAGCACAAGAAUCUGAACCAGCCCAAUCAUGGACUCGCCCUCUGGGAGGCGAAGAUGAAGCAGCUGGCGGAGAGGGCCCGGGCCAGGCAGGAGGAGGCCGCCCGGCUCGGCCUCCAGGAGGAGGACAUCAAGCCCUUCGGAAAGAAGCGGAAGUGGGGCGGGGGCCUGGCCGCUGAGCCCCAGCUGAAGGAGAGGAAGGACUCGGUCCCCACCCGGCAGGCCCUGGCCCUGCCCACCAAUUCGGCCGUCACCGUGUCCUCCUAUGCCUACACCAAGGUGACCGGGCCCUACAGCCGCUGGAUAUGAGAAGGUGGUGGUGGUGAUGACGGCGACGACAACAACAAAGAGAGCUCCCCUGUGGCCAUCUUACCUCAGAGUCCGCAGCACUGGAGCGCAGUGCUGAUUUGUGGUGCUUUUCCCCCGUGCGCAUGUCAGAGAGAAAUGCAAAGCUGAGCUAAGGGUGUCCUUUCCACGUCUUCACGUGGAGGCUGAGCUAAAGAAACUUAACUGCUGUUAAUGUUUUUCAGUAACCUACUAUUUAUAUCUCUGCAUUUUUAAUCUGUACAUCACAGUAACGGCAAGAGAAAUUUAUAGCGUCCUUUCACAAAGGAGAGAUUUUAAAUUCCAUUUAAAAGAUAUGUGUAUAUUGGAUUUUAAAUGAAAAUGAUUACCGCUCUGAAACAGAUUAUGUGGCAAAGGAAAACGAAAACCUGUCCCACCCUAAAGCUUUUUAAAAACCUGCACCAUCCACUUCAGUGGGCCUGGUAGGAACCUCAUUCUGGAGCCCUCCUAGAAGCUUUUACUCUCGGUCCAGGAUAGUUUUACUGUAUUUUAUUUUUAAUGAAAUAGAGUGCAUGAUUUUCUGCUUGAUGGUUUCUUACAGAUUCAGUAGGUCUCUGCAGGGAAACAGGGAGGUGGGCUUGCCUAGUUUUUAAAAUGCUUCCUGCAGCAUCUCAUAACUUACGUGCCUCUUACGUCUGGAGGGAAUCCCAACAGGAGAGAGGGAUUGAUUUGGGGGUAAAGUUGGCAAGAAGAGUGAUCUUUGCCUGCCCAUUUCAGCCCCCAACAUAAUGGGUGUGGGUGUGUGGGGGUGUCAUCUUGGAGCUGUGCUAGACCUCCUCCAGAUGCUGAAUGUGUCAAUGUGGGGGCUGCCCCUGAAAACGCAUCCAGUGCAAGCUGUUGAAAGUCAGCUUUGCUCUCAGCCCCUGGAUUCACCUCGAAGCACUGCUCAAAGUUGGUAGGAAAGAAAGUGCGACAGCGUUCUUCGUGGCAUCAGAAGCAGUUGCAUUUCUAUUUUAAGGCUAGGUUUUGGACCUGACACCAGCCAGAGUUAAAAAGAGGAGGUGGGAAAUUUAAGUUCUUUCUACCAUUUCAACAUUGGUCUGAGAUAACUAAUUGGCUGAAGCUGGUCAAGCUCAUGCAGCAAAAGGAGGCCAGAAAAACACGAGAAAAAAAGAAGGCUUCAGCGACUAAAGUGGAAAAGCCAGAAUGGGGUGGAGGGUCGAUUUGAAAGAGAGGGCGUCCCAGGUAGAAAAAGGUCUGUAGGAAAGAACCCCCGAUAGGCAGGCCUUGAGUCUGUUUCCCUCUGUGUGCAGGAUCACCCCAACGCCCGGCAGUCCUAGGGGAGCAAAAGAAGUAGAGCAGCUGCCUUUUGCCUUCGGUGGGAGCCUUUACACUCCUUUCAGGCUUACAGGACAGACCGACCUGUCGCAGUUGCUUUGGGCCAGAGGCAUGAUAAGGCUAAACGUUUUGGAUGGUCUGCGCCUCUUUGGCCUAAAGCAGUGAAAGACAAACAGUGCUAAGAAAAUUUUAAAAUCUCAGGUUGAGCUACUAUAUGUCAAGAAACAUAAAGCCUCUGGAGUGCAAGUAUGUAGUCUUCUUUUUAACCGCCUCUUUUGCAGAGUCCCAAGAAAAGGGAAGGGCUUAGUUGCUCCCCACGUCCCGCCGGCGCGUGCUUCCCCAGGGGAAGUGUCCACUCCCACCCCAGCCGGCCCUGGGCCUUUGCAAUGCAAAAAUAAUCAGCCUAUUUUAAGCAAGAUAGAACUUUUCUGGUGCUGUUUUUUUUAAAAGAGGGAAAUCAAACUUAGGUGGUGACAAAAGACCACAACUUUUUAAAACUACCUUUUGCAACCCAUCAUGCAAGCUGCCUGGUGAAGAGCAGAAUGAAUUAGGAAAAGGCCCGGUGGCCGGACUUCUGCAUUUGAGAAGACAGAUCCACACCUGUGGAGAAGCCCUUCUGAAGCCAGGUUUCCCCUUGAUAGAAGGCUGGGGUGGAUGAGAUACCCCAAGGAAGCUCUCCUUAAAUGCAAAGGGAAUUCUGUUCAGUUCAGCCUCCUCCUAACACUUAAAACUGUACCAACGGCCAUUGGGGUGGGGUGGGGGAAAUCUUUCCGGCUUCAUAUUGGUUGUGGAUCUUGAUGAGAAAAGGCCGUGAGGCGGGGGAGGGGAGGUUUUAGGCUGCCUGAGUAUUGAUUGAAAAUGUGGGUAGGCAGUUGCUUUUGAUAGGUAGCACCUUUGACAGAUUUCCACACCCUGCAAAGGGUGCUGUUUUUGAACUUAGCUGUGGCAGCUCUUGGGAUGUCAGAAAGAGUUCUUUGUUGGUUUUUUUUAAAAAAAACACUGCAGGUCUUUCUGUAGAAAAAUGGGAGGUCUGACUCCUUCAGCAGAAUAGAUCCCCCCUCUGGCUUGAACAAGCCUGCGUGAAUGGUUUCUUAGAGGUGCAGAAGGCCAGAAAGGGCCGCCGGUGAGAGGUCUGGAUGGAUCCUCCGCAACUUUCUUGCACUGCACAGGUGCCUUUUGACAAACAACAGCUUGCAAAUUCAAACCUGUUUUGAAAUUAGGUGUGUUUACUAGGGAGCCCUCGUACCUCCUUAUGCACUGCAACAGGAACACAGGAUAAUCCAGACAGCACCCUGGGCGUUUUACAUGGUUCUGGUUUUAAAACUGUAAAUAGAGAAAGAUUUUUUUAAAAAAGAAAAAAAGCACUUUCACCAAGAUUUAAAAGAAGAAGAAAAAUUACCCAAUAACUUGAAGAGCAGUAUGUUUUAAAACAAAUUAUUGCAGGAAAAAUGUAAAUAGAUAUUUAACAUGCUUUUCCGUCCUUAAUUUUUGUUUCUUUGUUUAUUGUAUUCUGUAAAAUUGUUUAUAUUUUGAAAGGAAGAUCAACAAAACCUAACUGGUUUUGUAUAUGCACCCAUCAGCAUACCACCAUUGCUGACUCCAAAAGUCAGAUUGAUAGGAAACCUUCUGAGCAUCAGAGGGUGAUCAUGGCAUCUACCCCCCCAAUCAGGGCCUGCUCCUUCACUGAUGUAAAUCAACCAUUCCCUUCCAUGGGGCCAAAUUGCAUGCUGAGCAAAAUUGUAUGCUACAGUCCUGCCUGCCAUGUAUCUCUUAAGGCUGAGAAUUACAUUGAGUUUAGUCUUUCCAUUCUUUGUUGGUUUGUUUUUAAAAAGGUUGCUGGAUGUAGACAUUUGCAACAAGAAGGGACAUUUCGAGGCUUGCCCGCCCCCUCUUGGGCUACCUUUCUACAUGCAAAGAGGGUGGACUUUUUAAAAGGACACCCCCCCCCGGUCAGGGAAGUGAUCCCCUACUUGCAAUCUGCAGUGGUACUAUUGUUUGAGGUCUCUUGGUGAACACAGAGGGCACCCCUCACUCACUUCCAUCGCCAUACGAUCCAGCUUCUUGUCCUUUAGAAGCCAAACUAGUGGCUGCUUAGUCUGGGCAGGUUGACCCCCCCCCCCUUAGCCAGCUGUAGUUAUGGGGAAGUCUUGGCCCUAAAUCUCCCCCCCACCCAAAUAGUUUAGUUUACUUUUUGCUUCCGUAGUUUCUUUGGGCAGAUUUCGAAGAACGUGUCUUGAAGGCUUUAUUUAGAUGAGGUUAGAAAAGCAAGAAAUUGUAAUAGAUGUAGGAGGGGAGGGACAGUAUGUUCAACCUGCUGAAACCUUACCAGAUCUUGAGUUUCUGUUUAGGGCUUUUGUUCUGUGAUCAGGACAUGUUACGGGCCUGGGGUUCAUGAAACACUUUCCGACUGGGAAAGGGUGGCCUGUGGAAGAGGAGUCCUUUCCUACUGGAAGCAAAGUCACAUUUCUGAUUCUGGGACUGUUAAGAGCCCAGGAGCUGUCUCAGAGUCAGAAGGUGGCAACCUAUCAGGACUCGUGAUCAUUUCCAUAUUUAGUUCAGGUCUCUUUCUAUUGCUUUCCACAGUGGGAAUAGAGAAAAGGAGAGGGGUAAUUAAGAGGCUGAAUCCUUUCAUUGUUUCAGUUAUACUGAUAAUUCAGGACCUUACUCCCUUCGUGCUGGUGCAAGUCCAGACUAAUUUAACCUGGAAUCAGAUGCCUAUAUUGAAAUGAAAACAUCUCCUUCCACAUUCCUAUUUAUUCCCACCUGAGAUGGGCUGUUUUAAGAGCUUUGGCCCAGGAAUGAUCUUGUUCUCCAUCUAAUCACUCCCAGAUUUGCCAAUGUGAUGGGUGGGCAUAGAUGCAGAGCAGUCCUGCAGGCUCCUGACCUUGGCAAUACCAGUAUUAAAUCUAUAGCAACACUAUGUGAAUGCUAUCAAUGUGCAUCGCCCAGUUUCUGUAAUGAGUGGGUUAUACAGAGAGACAGACACCCCAACCCUACUUCCCCCCCAGAUAUGGAUCGGGACGUGCUUAAUUUAAAAUAAGCCUGCCAAAAGCAGCCGCACGAUCCUGGCAUGAGCCCUGCUCUGUUGCGGUUUCAAUGUAGAACCAGCAGGCUGUGGUCUGGGAUGGCUUCAUACUACAUCUGUAACCUACCUCGAAUCUCAGUUGUGGGGAGGAAAACAAAACACAGCACGGGGCAGGCUUAGGUGGGAAAUUUGCACAGGUAAUCUGUUCCGGCUUGGCUGCUGAAAGUCUGUUUUAAGUUCUUCUUUGGCACGGCCCGUUUUCUGCUUGCACCCAGGCCGUUUCGGCUGCUGUGCUGUGGCAGGCGAGUGUGAAGGAAACAAGGGUGUGAUGCCAAAGAGGGUGCCUUUUCCAGAGGCAUCAGGACCCCGUCUCCUAAGGGCUCCUCCUUUGUGUCAUCCCAGACCUCCUCCAGCCAGUGGGCUGGUGUUUGCCGGGCUCCCCAGCCAUUGCGUUUCCCUGUUGGGGGUCUUGACUUAACCGUGCUCGCCCUUGGAGAUGGUGACUGUGCUACUGCCCACUUUUCCACUUCUGACUGGUGCUUAAAUACCCCACUGAAUAUUGUGGUGAUGGCAUGCAGGAAAGAACACCUCCAGGGCUCUGAACGUUGUGUUGCUGUCUGCCAAAAAGGAGGGUUUUGUGUUUGCUCCAACUGUUUGUUUUGGAGUCAAAGGCAAAUCAGCCUUGAUGGAUCAAUAGUCAGGAAUUGCUUAUUAUAGCUGCUUUUUGGUUUGUGUGUGUGUGUUUUGGGGGCAAAUGAUUUGAAGCUACAAAUCAACAACCAUCAAACAAAACAUGUGGUGCUAAAAUAACCAAUCCAUAAUCUCUGGAAAAAUCUUGACCAAGAGUCUGAUUCUGCUGCCGUUUCUGGUUGUGGCCAGCUCCCCCUUUCCCGUCUGGGCAGGAAGGGCUGGGUGGGUGGGGGGCCCUAGGCUCCUCCUUUAACCCUUCCUUCUCUGCUGUGGUGCUUUGCUGGGCUACAUGACCCUGGAGCAUAUGGCCAACGGCUUUGGGGCACUUAAUCUCUUGCAUCCACCAAGGAGAGCCCAAGCCGAUCAGGUUAAUUGUUGUUUGUGAGUAAAAUAUGCAAGAGCAGGACAACGGAGGGAGCAAAAUAGGGGCUCUUGAAGCAACUCGGGGGAACAGGAGACUAAGUUAAAUAGUUCAAUAAAUGGUUUGCAGUUGCUUUUGAUAUGCUUCCUUCUGUGUCUGGAGUGUUGUGUAGCCUUCAGCAAUACUCCUCUGUGAUUAGUGUCUGGUUGGGAGCUUUGAGAAGGCGGCAUAAGAUCACUGCACUAGAGCACGUUUACAAAGCCCUCUCCUUUUUAAAAUUUUGGAAACAGACAAGCUAAGAGAGGGAGUGGACAAAUCCUUUUGAGGUGCUCCAGUCGAAAAAUGAGAUUUUUUUAAAAAUAAAGCCCAGGAGACAUUUUUAGCCAUUGAAAUCUUCUAAUGAAAUGGUGCUAUCUUGGUGGGCUCUUUAAACGUAUUUACUACUAGUAUUACUACUACUAUUACUACUACUACUACUACGAUGAUGAUGAUGAUGAUGAUGUGCCAGAUCCCAUCUCGCUGAAGUGCUAUUGUUUGUGUAUGUGCAACAAGAGACCAGCAAUGGAGAGUAGAAGCUUUUCAGCCUUUUAAAUGUAGUUUCGAAAAUUUAUGCUUUGGGUCUCAAAGGGGUAACAUCAUCAUUCUGAGCUCUGUUCCAGGUGUGUCGAUUCAACGGAAGGUGGCCUCCCCUGGAAAAGUCACCUCUGUGUCUCAAGGCUGGAGAUCCUCAGCUUGUUUUCAGUGAAACUGGGUAGCUCAGGAUCUGAAACAGAGAGGCCUGUCUUUUUACUCAUUCCAGUUGCCCUGCCAGCUCUUCCUUUCGCCUGUCGAAAAAGCCUGUGGGGACCAAGCUAUGAAAAACUGGACACAAAUGAGUAAAAAGGGGACAUGCCUUUUUCCAGUAAUGAGGAAUAACAAGCAGCAAACUGUACUGAAGAGCUGACACUUGUGCCAAUUUGGUAAGCGCUCAUGGUGCAACAGUCUCAUCGCCCUGCGUGUUGGUAACUAUUUAUUAUGCAAAAAAGAAGCAAAAAAAA